GUUUGCGCGGGCCAGAGGAUCGCGCAGUGCGGCGAGGUCUUGCCGUCAGUACAAAGGUCCAAGAGACACCACGAUCGGAAGACAACUUGCUGAAGGAGUGCCACUUUCUGAGACUGGUUGGCCUACUGAUCUUUCAUGCCUGCCCCCAGAAUCCUAUGCCCGGCCUGAGUGUACGUGGCAUCUCUUUGGCACAUCCCCAGCCAUUCAGGAUAGGAAUGGUUCCCCUCCCUCAGGAGGCCACACCUCUUGGGCACCACGGCGCUCCUGGUCUGCCCCCUUGGGGAACCCUGGACUCUCCUUGCAGCCAUAUCUACUUUCCAAUCUACUAAUGCCUUGUGGAUGUGGAGUUCCAGUGUCACAGGAAGUAAAGCCGCCGAUCUGCCUCAGACCAGCCCGAGCAGAUCUCCAGGAUGCUGUGUGGAAAGCUGCCACAUUGAGGUGGCAAGUUGGUGUGUGCGCCGUGGCCAUGUCUGCCUCCUGAGAUGCCAGGCAGCCAGGCAAAAUGGAAGCUGCCAAUCCCAAAUCCUUCUUCUGGGAGUGUUUCCCCCCUAUGCCUACCUGUCGGGUGUACUGCAGCCCAACCUACCAGGACGGACAUCUCUUUGUGGCAGGUGGAUGCAGCCAGCAGGGCCAGCCCCUGGACACGGUGGAGAUGCUGGAUCUUGUUUCUUGCAAGUGGGCGGCGCUGCCCCCUAUGCCCACCCCACGGGCAGGAGCUGCGGCAGUGAUGCUUGGCAAGGAUGUGCUGGUGAUCGGAGGGGUGGACUCCAAACAGUGUCCUCUGACCUCGGUUGAAAUGUACCACGCAGAUGAGGGCAAGUGGGAGAAGAAAGCGGACCUGGCCCAAGCCUCCAUGGGUGUCUCGGCUGUUGAGAAAGAUGGCACUGUUUAUGCGCUAGGUGGGAUGGGCGCAGACACCUCUCCACAAGCUCUGGUGCGGAUGUAUGAGCCUGCCAAGGACCACUGGCAGUCCCUGCCCUCCAUGCCUACUCCCUGCUAUGGAGCCUCCACUUUCCUGCACGGGAACAAGAUCUAUGUCCUGGGAGGAAGGCAAGGCAAACUGCCUGUCACAGCUUUCGAAGCAUUUGAUCUGGAAGUGAGGAGCUGGACCCGCUACCCCAGUGUGCCCAGCCGGCGUGCCUUUGCCAGCUGCGCCAUGGCAGAUGGCUGCUUCUUCAGCCUGGGAGGACUGCAGCAGCCGGGCCCCCACAACUUCUACUCACGGCCCCACUUUGUCAACACCGUGGAGAUGUUUGACUUGCAAGAGGGCUCCUGGAGUCGGCUGAACCGCGCCAUCCGCAUGAGAGACAAGAGGGCUGACUUUGUCGCUGGCCACCUGUGUGGACGUGUGGUAGCAGCAGGGGGGCUUGGGAACCAGUCAAGUCCUCUGGGAUCUGUAGAAGGAUUUAACUUGGCAAGGAAGAAGUGGGAACCCUUGCCCUCCAUGCCCACUGGCCGCUGUUCCUGCUCCAGUUUGGAGGCUGCCCACCUGCUCUUUGUUAUCGGAGGAGUAGCCCAGGGUCCCAGCAGUGCAGUGGAGGCCUUGCGCCUCCAGGAAGAGGUCUGAACAAUGCUCUUUUAUGGAUGGUUUUCUGCCCACACAAGCCAAGUGGAUUUAAAGUGCCUCAUGCUGGAAACAGGAAGUGCAGCUGAGGAAGCAGGAAGGAGAACACAUGCUUCAUCACUACAGUGGCUCCCUUUCUUUUUGCUGUUCUUCAAUUGAGUUGCGUUAUCUUUGCAGGGCAUAAAGCAGCUCCAGAGACUGGAGAAAUCUGUCCUAUAGGCAGGGCGAGCAGUCAAGCCCUUGAGCUCCCUGUGUCCGUUGGAGCAAAUUAGGCUCAAUGGAGCAGGUUUUAUCAGUUCCACAGCAGAAACCAAAGGCCCUGUAUGUGCAGCCAUGGUUUCUGCAUUGCAGAGUCUCCAGACUCCACAUGGAUGUGGUAAGAAUGUGGGCUGGGCUGGGCUGGGCUCAGGCUGAAGUGGCAAUGUGAUUGCUUUUCCCAAACCCAAGUCUCCUUUCAGCUCCCUUUCCCUUUUGUUAUUUCCCCCACUGUCAGACUUUUAGACUGUAAGCUCUUCAGGGCACAGACCACUCUCUCUCUUGCUCUCUCUUUUUGCUUAUGCUACUCUGUAAACUGCCAUGUACAUUGAUGGCGCUAUAAUAAUAAUAAUAAAACUCACAUUUACAGCUCUACCAAGAAAACAGUGAAUGAUGGCAUGGCAAAUGUGAGUUCAGCUUGGGAGAUGAAUUUGUGGUUAAGCAAUUAUGCUGCCCAGGACACAGCACUGCCACAUUCUUGCCAUGCCUGUUGGACUUCAUGGAUUAGCCUUUCAAUGUAAAGGGCAGCAAGGUUUCCUCAGCAGGCCCUGGGGAGAAAUAAAAGAAGGUGCUACUGAGCAGAGCAGGUACUCCAGAGUUUCUUCUUCGAAUUGUCAUUGUUGUUUUUGUGCUCAUGUAUCUUGCGCUGCUCAGCUGAAUUGAUUCUAGAAAGGCUGGGUGUAGCCAUGACGCCCUGUGGUGUGUUCCUAACCCAGUCUGUGUCUCAUGUAGCACAUAAGGUGCCCUCUAGUUCAGUGCCUAGGAGGUGGUGUAGCACCUCAUGCCAAUAAAAAGUGGAUUUUUUCUCCUGG